AGCUUUCCACCGCUCAAAAGCAUGCAAAUUCUAAGGCUCAGUAUUCCAAAAAGGCUCUACAGUUACACUCACCCUUUAGUGGCUGGUAACUUAACACAGAAGAAGUUAACAGAGAGGACUGACCAGGGAGACUAAUAAUGAUCUACAUGAAUCAAUUAAUUCAUCAAAGAUAAAGUGGAAAGGCCAACACAUCCCAAAUUGCUUCGGACGGGUCGCGUCGGGUUGAACACUUUGCAAUACCGGAUUGUAAACGCCGACAGUCUAAUACUAAGAGAAGAGGUGACAAAAGUAAACGUUAUUUACACCAGUAUGCCUAGCCUAUUCUCUAAAGAAGAUGCUGUAAAAUUUAAAUAAACGGUUUGAGGGGACUUUUGAUGCCUCGCAUCCUUACGUCUCCACAUGGAUCAACCUCUCUAACCCAAGCAUCAUUUGGAUUAGCCACAGUCUUUCUCACUCUGCACAACGGAUACAACGGACAGAAAAUGCUACCCCGCAUCCUUUUCCUUUGCUCAUUUUUCACUGCUGCUUGUUUCCAAGACAUCCACCCCUCCAAGGUAUUUCUGAGUGAAUCCUGUGACUCAUUGUGUACUUGUGAAGAAAAAGAUGGCAUCCUGUAUCUUAACUGUGAGGAGAGAAAUAUCAGCAAGAUCUCCCAAAUCAAAGUGCCGUCAGCUCUACCUUUCCACCUCAAUCUGUACAAAAACGACUUGGUGGAGUUGAAUGCAGAAGACUUGGAAGGUUUAAAGAAUGCCGUUUCACUUCAUCUCGGGGCUAAUAGCAUACAAGAGCUUGAACCUGGCGUCUUUAGUGCACUGGGCUCCUUGAAGAAGCUCCACAUCAACAGUAAUUUCCUGGUCACGUUGAAGGAAGACACUUUUCACGGCUUGGUAAAUUUGGAGUUUCUCCAGGCGGACACAAACUUCAUCCGCGUGGUCGAGCCGGGGGCAUUCAGCAAACUCAUCCGCCUCAAAGUUCUGAUCCUCAACGACAACGCCAUUGAGUUUCUUCCCAGCAAUAUUUUCCGGUUUGUUCCACUCACCCACUUGGACCUGCGGGGGAACCAGUUACAAACCCUGCCUUACGUUGGCUUCCUGGAGCACAUUGGGCGGAUCAUGGAGCUUCUUCUGGAGGACAACGACUGGAUGUGCGAUUGUGAGAUCCUUCACCUGAAGAUCUGGAUGGAGAACAUGCGGGCCCAGUCGGCCAUUGGGGAGGUGGUCUGCAGCAGCCCCCAUCACCUCAGGGGCACCAUCCUGGCCAAAAUCAAACGGGAUGUUCUCUGCCCCUCGCACGCUGAUAUCAACUUAGAGGAGCCUUCCAAGUCACUGGACAUGGUGGUCACUCCGUCUUCCAAAGUGGCAGAGAUUCCGAAGUUAGAGGAUGUCGUAAAGAUUCCGACACCUUCUUAUGUUCCAGGGAGUCCUUGUGUGGAGCACUGUUCUUGUCACAAUCACCCUGUGGCUGGGUUUUUAAUGCAUUGUCAGGAUAGAGGGAUUCAACGGAUUUCAGAUAUUGGAAUACUUGAGCAAAGCCCUACCAAGCUGGUGCUCACAGGAAACAUGAUUCAGAGACUGUUGAAAUAUGACUUUGUCACAUAUGACAGUUUAGAGUUAUUGAAUUUAGCCAACAAUCGAAUUGAUUACAUUGACAAUGAAACUUUUCUCAGCUUAAGCAAUUUGAAAAAACUUUAUCUCAACGGCAACAGAAUUGAAACCCUUUCCGCGACUAUGUUCAUUGGACUCCACAACCUUGAAUACCUAUAUUUGGAAUAUAACAUUAUCAAAGAAAUUGUCCCAGGAGCUUUUAAUCCUUUGCCAAAUCUCAAACUCUUGUCUUUGAAUAACAAUCUGCUGACUAGUCUCCCAUUGCAGAUAUUUCGCAACGUGCCCCUCACCAAACUGAACCUGAGAAAAAAUCUGCUCAUGUACCUGCCUGUAAGCAACGUGCUGGACCAGCUUGACUCUUUAGAGCAGAUUUAUUUAGAGGACAACCCCUGGGACUGCAGCUGUGACUUAAUCAGUCUCAAACAGUGGGUUGAGAAGCUGAGGAAAGACACAGUCGUAGGUUCCAUUUUGUGUCACACACCGAGAAAAGUGGAGAAGGCUGAGCUGAGGGCCCUUAGAAACGAGUUGCUGUGCCGCGGCCUAGUGACCUACUCCUUGCCCACGGAUGAGGACGAGACAACCACAGUGGCGACUGACGGCUCUAGGAGCGGUUUCUUCAGCUCAAUCACGGACUCAGUUCCGCUCUCCGUUCUGAUCCUUAGCUUGCUCGUCAUCUUCCUCAUGGUCAUCUUCUGUUCAGCAGGGAUUGUGGCAUUCCUCGUGCACAGAAGGCGAAGGAGGGUGAAGAAGAAACAGGCGGAGGAGCAGCCGCGAGAGAGCAGCAGCCCCAUCCACCUGCAAUACAGUAUGUACGGCCAGAAAACCACCCACCACACACUGGGGCAGAGGACCGGAAACACCGUGUACGACGAGCGCUCACACAGCCCCAUCGUCCAGAUCUGCCGCAACCCCACCUACUGCACUCAGCAUAAAGAAUAUGAGUCCGACCUCAAUGAACUGGACGAACCAAAGCACAUCUGUCGUAGCAUCAUGGAGACAGAGAAUACUUCCCCUCUCACAGGCUCUAAUUUGAAGUUCAGAGCUGUGACGUCAGACUGCCCAACUGAGUUCGUAACACUCGGCGAUGCGAGCUCCCUCUAUAAAAACAUACUAGAGAGGGAGAGGGUUAGGGAGCUGCAGCAGCUCGGAAUUACUGAAUACCUCAGGAAAAACAUGUCCCAGCUACAACCAACGGUAGAGAUGCAGGUUCCAGGACACCACGAGGAACUGAAAUUAAUGGAGACUAUUAUGUUGUCGAGACCGAGGAAGGUCAUGGUGGAACAAACGAAAAACGAGUACUUUGAACUCAAAGCUAACCUACACACCGAGCCAGAUUAUUUGGAGGUUCUGGAGCAUCAAACUGCAUUUAACUGAUAUAAAAACACAAUUAAUGGUUUUAUAUUCAACUCCACAAGUGCCUUGUCCAAAACUGCCAUCUUAUAUUUUCAGUCGAAGACCUACAUAUCCCACAGCAGUCUUGGACAUACAAGUCAUUUGUAGCACAGAAUGUAAUGUAUAUUUGGCAAUUUCAUUGUUGUUUUGUUUUCCUAUACAGUGCUUUGCAAAAGUAUUCAUCCCCCUUGGUGUUUUUUUUCUAUUUUGUUGCAUUACAACCUGUAAUUUAAAUAGAUUUUAAUUUGGAUUUCAUGUAAUGGACAUACACAAAAUAGUCCAAAUUGGUGAAGUGAAAUAAAAUUCAAAAAGGGAGAACGGAAAAGUGGUGCGUGCAUAUGAAUUCACUCCCUUUGCUAUGAAGCCCCUAAAUAAUAUCUGGUGCAACCAAUUACUUUCAGAAGUCACAUAAUUAGUUAGAUUGCACACAGGUGGACUUUAUUGAAGUGUCACAUGAUCUCAGUGUAUAUACACUGGUUUAAGGGGAAACAUUUAAAUGUCUUGGAAUGGCCUAGUCAAAGCCCAGACCUCAAUCCAAUUGAGAAUUUGUGGCUUAAAGAUUGCUGUACACCAGCGGAACCCAUCCAACUUGAAGGAGAUGGAGCAGUUUUGCCUUGAAGAAUGAGCAAAAUUCCCAGUGGCUAGAUGUGCCAAGCUUAUAGAGACAUACCCCAAGAGACUUGCAGCUGUAAUUGCUGCAAAAGGUGGAUCUGCAAAGUAUUGACUUUGGGGGGGUGAAUAGUUAUGCACGCUCAGUUUUUCUGUUUUUCCUUGUCUUAUUUCUUGUUUGUUUCACAAGAAAAAAAUAUUUAGUAUCUUCAAAGUGGUAGUAGGCAUGUUGUGUAAAUCAAAUGAUACAAAUCC